AUGGGCCCUCCACCUCCGCCGAUGCCUGGUAUGGGACCUCCGCCGCCGCCGAUGCCUGGUAUGGGACCUCCGCCGCCGCCAAUGCCUGGCAUGGGACCUCCGCCGCCACCAAUGUCGGGAAUGGGACUGCCUCCGCCGCCACCUCCUAUGGGAGGUCCUCCGCCACCUCCGAUGGCUGGUGUCGGUCCACCACCUCCGCCGCAGGCACCGAUGCCAUUUCCGACACCGCCUCCAGGCGGUUGGAACGAUGCGCAGAGGGCAAGCUUAAGAAAACCUCCAAUUAAUCCUCCGGUUCCAAUGAAACCGCUGUAUUGGACAAGAAUUAUAACUUCGAAACCUGCUCCGGUCGCAGCCACAGAGAUUAAAAAGGAAGAUUUAUGGCAGGAUUUGGAGGAGGCAAACAUUAGUAAUUUGCAAAAAUUUAUGAAUUUAUUUUCGCGACAAGUUGUGACUAAGAAAGCGCCAGUUAAAAAAGUUGAAAAACCAAAGAAAAAUGUUGCCGUCAAGAUUUUGGAUAGCAAAAGGUCUCAAAAUGUUGGUAUAUUGGCACAUAGUUUGCAUGUCGAUUUUGCUGAAAUUGAAAACGCAGUUUAUAAUUUUGAUACAUCUGUAGUUAAUUUGGAAGCUCUGCAGCAAAUUUACGAAGCGAGAGCUACUCCUGAGGAAUUGUCUAUGAUUAAAGAGCAUGUUUCAAAUAAUAAAGAAGAACCUUUAGAUAAACCUGAACAAUUUCUGUAUGAUUUAUCAGAAAUCCAAUGUUUUGCGGAAAGAAUUUCAUGUUUUAUGUUUCAAGUCGAGUUCGAAGAUAGUGUUGCAACAUUAUCCAAUACGCUCUCCAAUUUAAAAAGUUUAUGCGAGAUAAUGCUUAAUGGAAAGGAAUUGAAACAAGUAUUUGGCAUAAUAUUAAAAUUAGGGAAUGUUAUGAAUGGCGGUAAUAGAACGAGGGGGCAAGCUGAUGGAUUCGGAUUGGAAAUUUUGGCCAAACUUAAGGAUGUAAAAUCAAAAGACAAUCAAAUAACGUUGUUACAUUUUAUUGUGGAAACAUAUAUGGACGAAUCCAAAGAAGAGGCGUGGAAUGUGGCCCUGCCAAUUCCAAAUACAUGGGACGUAAGCAGGGCAGCUGAAGUAGAUUUUGAAAACUUAGCUAAAGUUAUAGAUCAACUUAAAGUUAAAUUAGAUGCUUGUACCAAGAGAACACAGAAAGUAUUAGACAAUUCAUCGCCGGAAAAUAUACAACCAUUUAAAGAUAAAAUGGAAAGCUUUAUUCAAAACGCGAAUGAAACUAUAAACAACGAAAGAACUUCCAUGCAAGACAUAAAAAAUAAAUUUAUAAAAACAAUGUGCUUUUUUUCCUUCAAACCAAAGACGGGGCCGCUGGAAAGCUGUCCCACCAACGAAUUUUUUUCACUGUGGAUUCCAUUUUGUAAAGAUUUUGAGCAAAUUUGGAAAAAAGAACAGCAGAAACGAUUAAAAUUAAAAAUGGCAAUAGAACAGCGUGCAAAGACUACAAAGAGACCGGACGCAAUUCCAAAGUUGCCGAACGGCCGAAAAGCUAGAAUUGAACGAAUGUUCCCAAAUAGAAAAUAAUGUGAUAUUUUUAUUUAUUAUAUAGGUAAAUAUAUAAGUACUUAAGUUAAUUUUAUAGUCGCUUGUUAGAAAUUUCUUUUACCUGAUUAUUUAAGAAUAACUGUUAUAAUUUAUAUAAAUAUAUAGUGUCACAGAAGUUAUAU